CCCGCCCCCGUCAAAUUUCCAUUCCCCUACCCCCACCCCACCACGGCGAUGGCUCCGCACCCUCCCCACCACCACCACCUCCUCCUCCUCGCCGUCCUCGUCCUCUCCCCCCUCGCCGCCGCGCAGCCGCAGCCGCAGCGCAACAUCCAGACCAGCUUCCCCUCCACCCGCACGCCGGCCUUCGCCACCCCGCCGCCGCCGAAGAUCAUCUCCCCCUCCCCGCCUCCCACCACUGCGCCGCCACCCUCCCUGGGGUCCCCGCCCCCGUCGAAGUCGUCGUCCGUGAAGCGCAGCGACAUCGCCGUGGCCGUGGUGAGCACAGCGCUGAGCAGCUUCGCGGUCUCGGGGCUCGCCUUCUUCCUCUUCCUCCGGCACGGGAAGAAGGAGCUGACGCACGUGGAUGGGAACGGGUACAAUAAUGGUGCGCACGAAGGCGCCUUCACCGGGAAGCGGCCUGAGAUGUCGCCGAAGCGGCCGCAACGGGGCGGGGGAGGAGGAGGCCGCAUCGGGAUGGUGGACGAGAACGGGCUGGACGCGAUAUACUGGCGGGAGUUCGAGAAAGACGGCGGCGGCGGCGGCAGGGGGAGGAAGCCCGCGGGGAGGUGGCCGGAGCCCCAGCAGUCGUCGCCGCCGUCUCCACCGCGGCGGUCGAGGAGGAACAAGAUAGAUCAGGAGCCGCUAAUACCGAGGUUCUCCCUGGACUCCGCGUCCGCCGUUUUCGACGAGUCGCUGCACGGGCCCAGCACCGGCUCUAGCUCGUCCUUCUCCGUGGCCGCCGCCGAGGCGUACGCGCGUCCACCGCCGGCGGCGGUCGCCGUUAGCUCCGUGCCCCGCCCGUCUCCGCCGCCAGCCCCUGCCAAUCCAUCAAGCGCAUCGCCGGCGCUGCCGCCGCCUCCGGGAAGAGCAAGCCCGCCACCUGCUCCAUCCGUCACCGCCGCCUCAUCCGCGCCGCCUCCAUCACAACCACCGCCAAAACCAGCAGCCGCGUCGCCACCCCCGCCGUCACCACCCAAGGGUCCACCUGCGUCGCCACCGCCCAGGGGAGGCCCGCCUCCACCACCGCCACCCAAAGGCCCGUCCCCACCGCCGCCGCCACCGCCAGGAGGAAAGAAAGGAGGACCGCCUCCGCCACCUCCAAGAGGCGCAGGGGCGUCCUCCUCGAGGCCGCCGACGGCGCCGGGCAUGCCAUCAGGGGCUGGAGAGCAGCAGGCGAAGCUGAAGCCGCUGCACUGGGACAAGGUCAAUGUGCAGGCCACCGACCAUUCCAUGGUGUGGGACAAUAUCACCGGCGGCUCAUUCAACUUGGAUGAAGGCAUCAUCGAGGCCCUGUUCGGCACGGCGGCUGCAAACCGCAAGCCGAAAUCUGCAGAUUCCAAGGACUCCGGUGAAUCCUCGUCCGGCCUUGGGGGCUCAAACACGCCGGAGCAAAUAUUCCUGCUCGAGCCGCGCAAGUCGCACAACAUUUCGAUCAUCCUACGGUCCCUCACCGUGGGCCGGGAUGAGAUCAUCGACGCCCUCCGUGACGGCAACACGGAGCUCAGCACGGAGGUCCUCGAGAAGCUGUCUCGGCUCAGCAUCUCCAAGGAAGAAGAAUCCACCAUCCUGAAGUUCUCUGGGAAUCCCGACAGGCUCGCCCCAGCAGAGGCUUUCCUCCUCCGCCUCCUCCUCGACGUUCCCAACCCGUUUGCACGCGUCAACGCGAUGCUUUUCAAGGUGAACUACGGUGCCGAGGUUGCGCAGCUCAAGCAGUCGCUCCGGACCUUGGAAACUGCAAGCCAGGAGUUGAGGACAAAGGGGCUGUUCUUUAAGCUUCUCGAAGCCGUGCUCAAGGCAGGAAACAGGAUGAAUGCCGGAACAGCACGGGGCAAUGCACAGGCCUUCAACCUUACGGCCCUUCGCAAGCUCUCCGACGUGAAGAGCACUGAUGGGAGCACCACGUUGCUACACUUUGUCAUUGAGGAGGUUGUUCGUUCAGAGGGAAAGCGCCUUGCCAUCAACCGCAACUACAGCCUCCGCCGCUCUGGCAGCCUCGUGAAGUCUGGCCACGAGGGUGGCAGUUCAGCGGCAAGUCAAGGGCCAUCACGGGAGGAGAGGCGGAAUGAAUAUUUGAACCUGGGACUGCCAAUUGUUGGAGGUCUCAGCACAGAGUUUGCAAAUGUGAAGAGGGCAGCAAUGGUGGACUACGACGCUGUUGUCAGUGAACGUGCGAUUCUAGGCAACCGACUCACCGACAUCAAGAGGCUCUUGGAGACCUGCAGUGAUGAUGGAUUUGCGAGAGGGCUCGGAGGAUUUGUGAAGGCUGCAGAACAGGAGCUUAAGGCACUAAGAGGAGAGCAGGAGAGAGUACUUGAGCUGGUCCAGCGAACAACAGAGUACUACCAUGCCGGUGCCACCAAGGACAAGAACGCUCAUCCCCUUCAGCUGUUCAUCGUAGUGAGGGACUUCCUGGGGAUGGUUGAUCAGGCAUGUGUGGACAUCAAGAGGAAAUUGCAGCAGAAGAAACCACCACCGUCGUCAUCACAGCCAACUACAGCUGCUGCCCCCGUGGUGGCGUCGGCGGUGGCGGCAAAGGAAGCAACCGAUGGUCAAGCAGCACCGGCUCAGAAACCACUGGAAGAGGUAGAUAGCAAAAGGAAGAGGGUCAUGCCAAGAUUUCCAAAUCUGCCGGUGCACUUUAUGAAGGAUAGUGCAGAGUCUGAUUCAAGUAGUGAUGAGGAAUAGAAUGAAUGGGAUGGUGUAAAUGAUGAUUGUUUGCGUUGUUUUGAAUUUGUUGUUGUGGAGGAAUAGGUUAGCCGCAGACUGUACAUAAUGCAACAUUUGCAUUGGUUCUUUUAUCCAUUUAUUUAUACAAGAUCCAUAUCGAGAGCA